UGCUCUUGAAGUUCAGGUGGCCAACACGGAUUCGAUCCUUCUGCGGUCUUUCAAAGUCCCUUUUCUCCAAUUUAAGAAAAGCGGGGUUCACAGCCCCCGCCUCUUUAAAUUAUAAGACAGAAGACAACCCGCCCCGAAGGACAGCCCGUUCGUACUGGGAGGGGGAUACCGCCUCCACCGAAACCCAACACAGUUCCAUUCCCUGUGCAGGAAUAUUCAACCCAGACUGGAAUAUCGCUCGACAAGGCUAUCCUAUCGACAGAAUCCCCUUCAGUAGCCUAUUUCAAGACGUUUCUAUGCAGAUCGGCUCCAGGUGUUGAUAAAUACGAUCGGCUUUAUCUCUUUAACCGAAACAUACUGAAGGAUUUAAACAAAGAUCCUCAAGUCAAGGUGAUACAAUCUUCAUACGUGACCAUUAUUUUGAUGUCGCUGAAGAUCAACACUUGAAUAUGUGACUGGAUGGAUGCUAUAGCCUACCCGAAAGACGACAUGUUUGAACAGCUGAAUUACAAAUCUAACUGACUAGAAAUAGCCUGUAACAGUUCAUUAUAUAACUAGCAACGCGCUGUAAAAUUAACGAGGUAAACGCAAACCGAAUGGUCUCUUAGAUGAGAGAGAAUCUCAGGUGGAUUCCUUUUACAAGACGAAGGCACAUUAACGGGAAUCGGAUCGCUUUCGUAGAGUACAGCUCUGGACAUUUUCCCCCCUACUUUCUCAUGUUCACGAUGCAGUUCCGGACAGUACAAGAUGUAAAAGUUGUGGAUGUGGAGAAGAGACGGAAUCCCUCUAAGCAUUAUGUGUACCUCAUCAAUGUCACGUACUCCGACGCCUCCUCCCACGUCAUAUACCGCAGAUACAGCACCUUCUUUGACCUCCAGAUGCAGAUUCUUGACAAGUUUCCAAUCGAGGGAGGGCAGAAGGAUCCCAAGCAGAGGAUCAUCCCCUUCCUGCCAGGGAAAGUCCUGUUCCGUCGGAGCCACGUCAGAGACGUAGCCAUGAAGCGACUGCGGCACCUGGAUGACUACUGCAGGGCCCUGGUGAGGCUGCCGCCGCGGAUCUCCCAGAGCGAGGAGGUGCUGCGGUUCUUCGAGACGAAGGCCGAGGACCUCAACCCCCCGAAAGAGGACUAUGGCACCUCCAAACGCAAGUCAGUUUGGAUGUACGGGCUGCCCGAGAGCCCGAAGAAAGAGGUGCCAGGGGGGGACGGCGGGGACCCCAUGGUGCUGGAGCAGUACGUGGUGGUGGCCAGCUACGAGCGGCAGGAGAGCUCCGAGAUCAGCCUGCAGGCCGGGGAGCUAGUGGACGUCAUCGAGAAGAGCGAGAGUGGCUGGUGGUUUGUCAGCACGGCAGAGGAGCAGGGCUGGGUCCCAGCCACGUACCUGGACUCUCAGAACGGCACGCGGGACGACCUGGAGCUCAGCACCUCCAGGGCUGGAGAAGUCACAAAGCGACGGCAGUCCCACCUGAGACGGCUGGACCGCCGAUGGACCCUGGGCGGCUUUGUGAACCGGUCGCAGAGUCGAGAGGAGAAAUAUGUCACGGUGCAGUCCUACGCCAGCCAGGGUAAGGACGAGAUCGGGUUCGAGAAAGGGGUCAUCGUGGAGGUCAUCCAGAAGAAUUUGGAAGGCUGGUGGUUCAUCAGAUACCUGGGGAACGAGGGAUGGGCCCCCGCCUCCUACCUGAAGAAGGUGAAGGACGACUUCUCCCCGCGGAAGAAGACCCUGUCGGGCCCGGUGGAGAUCAUCGGGAACAUCAUGGAGAUCAGCAACCUGCUGAACAAGAAGGCGGCGAGCGAGCGGGACGUGCACGCGGACCCCGAGGCCGAGGGGCCCCACCUGAGCAAGCGCCAGAUCGGCCACCCCGUCCCGCGUGAGGACCCGGCCACCGGCGCCGCCCUGCAGGACAGCCGCGCGUCCCCCGCCAUCGCCCGGGUCACCCCCCACCGCGUGGACUUCGGUUCUCCAAACCUCCGCCAGAGGCCCCCGCCCCGAAGAGAUACCAGUCUGGGCUCCCUGUUACCCAAGCCUCCAGAGCCCCCUGCUGUCGAAGCGGAGUAUUACACCAUUGCAGAAUUCCAGUCCGAGAUAUCCGAUGGGAUUAGUUUUCACGGUGGACAGAAAGCUGAUGUGAUUGAGAAGAACUGCGGGGGAUGGUGGUACGUUCAGAUCGGGGAGAAAGAGGGCUGGGCUCCCUGCUCCUACAUCGACAAGCGGAAGAAGCCCACUCUCAACAGGAGGACCAGCACUCUGACCCGGCCGAAGGUCCCGCCCCCGGCCCCGCCAAUCAAAAAGCAGGACUCUGAGGAUGCCGCCCCUCCCGCCGACCCCCCUGCGAGCAGACCCCCGUACGAGGAGCCGGAGUACGACAUUCCCGCCAUCGGCUGCGACCUGGACUUCGACCUGGACUUCCUGAAGGGGGAGCUGUCCGCCAACUCCAGGGGCGGAGACGCGUCAAAGCCCGCCCCCGUCCCCACCCCCGCCUCCUCCUCCUCCCCCUGGAGGCGGUCCCUCAAGCUGAGCGAGGACACAGUGCGGGGGGAGGAGGAGGAGUGCGUGUAUGAGAACGAGGGCGGCUUUCGGCCCCGCAGAGGGGACGGGGAUUCGGGCGGAGACUCGGACUCGCCCAGGUCCAGUCGGUUCUGCACCGUCAGCGUGGCCUCGCAGGCCGCCCUGCGGGACGGGAGGGGGGCACGAAGGGCGCAGGCAGAGCUGCCCAAAGCCGAGGACCUUGCCCCCGGGUCCCCCCGCACCGAGCCCGCCUGCCCCCUGGCCAAGCCCCUGGGGCUCCGCAAAGACCCGGAACCUAAACUGGGCCUGAGCGCCUCCACCAAACCCAAGCCCGUGGUGCGACCCAAGCCCCUCCUGACGAAAUCGGAGCCCCAGAGCCCAGAGAAGAUGGACAUCGGCGCCCUCCGGAGGCAGCUGCGGCCCACGGGCCAGCUGAGGUCCGGCCCGAGGAGCUCCAGGGGCGAGGACUCGGAGACGGCGUCCCUGGUCUCGUCCUCGGACUCGGCCUCGUCCCGCAGCACCUCGGACCUCUCCAGCGUGCACUCCAGGGGGGGCGGCCGGGGGGACUGGGACCCGGAGCCCUGCUGGUACCGGGCCACCGACAGCUACGAGAGGGCGCAGCAGUCGGAGGUCAGCCUGGCGGCGGGGACGGAGGUGGAGGUGCUGGAGAGGCAGGAGAGCGGGUGGUGGUACGUGCGCUGCGGGGGCGCCGAGGGCUGGGCGCCCUCCUACUACCUGGAGCCGCUCAGGCCGCACUCGGACGGGGGGGGCUCCGGGUCCGAGGGGACCCCCUCCAAACCGGGCAGCCUGAGCAAGUCCAACAGCCUGGAGAAGAACGAGCAGCGGGUGCAGGCGCUCAACAACAUCAACCAGAGCCUGCAGAGGGUCGGCUCGUCGCCCCCCAUCCCCAACAAGCCCCCCGGGGGCUUCGCCAAGGCCGCCGCCCCCCCCGCCGCCCCCAACGGCCCGGUGAAGAUGCGCAACGCCGUGCGGCGGCUGGCCGUCCGGCCGCAGUCCGUCUUCGUACCGCCGCCCGUCAAGGACACCAACGUCCUGACGGGCUCCCUGCGGAGGAACGAGUCCCUCGGCUCCGCCCACCAGCCCAGGGCCGACUCCCCCGCCGUCCGCCGGAACUCCUCCUUCGGCGCGGUCCCGGCGCAGGCGCGCGAGGGCGGGGCCGAGCGGCGGGACGGGGCGGGCCCGGGGGACCGGGCGCAGCCGCGCGCCGUCGUUCCCGUGUCCGCCGUCAGGCCCAAGCCCAUCGAGAAGGCCCACCUCAUCCACAACAACCUCCGCGAGGUCUACGUCACCAUCGCCGACUACCGCGGCGACAAGGAGACCAUGGGCUUCACCGAGGGCACCAGCCUGGAGGUCCUGGAGCGCAACCCCAACGGCUGGUGGUACUGCCAGGUGCUGGACGGGGGGCGUGUCCAGAAGGGCUGGGUGCCCUCAAACUACCUGGAGAGGAAGAACUAGCACUUCUCUGCUAACGUUUCAAAUACAUUCUUAUUUUUUAAAAGUCAAUGCAAAACUGUGUGAUCAUAUUUGAAGAAGACUCUUUCGGAGCUGGUUUACUGAAAAGGCAUGGCGUAUGAGAGGACUUACAUGGUCGUUGGGAUAGAGUGGAGCAGGCAACAUCGUGUCUUAGGGGGGAAAUUCAUUGUUGGAACUGAGGUUAAAGGAGGAUAUUUGUGUGAUAAUUGCUCUGAGCAGGGUCAUCCACGUAUUAUCCCUGAUAAGGGUGCCUUUCGAUGACCUUAAACAGAAUAAAUAUGUUGAGGAAUUGAAGAAACGUAAAUGCAAAUGGUGAAGAAUCAAAAGCUUUUUUUGUGCAACUCAAAGAAAAAAAGUGUUGGAAGAGAACAUAUAUGCAGGAAUUGGAUUAAGCUUUACUGAUAAACGUUCAUCAACAUGCAAUACUGAGGUUGGGGUUUGUAGUGACUCAGCAAAUCCUCUGGUUCUCCUCUCAAAAGUGUGUUUUCUGUCUGGUGUGUUUUUUGCGUUGUUUAAAGAUGCAUCUCAGCUUUAGUCUUAUGACACCCACACAACUAGUCUGAGUCUGAAGGUGUUUUAGUCCAACACGUGUCUGCUCAGAGGUUUAUAUGGAAAGCCUGAGUCUGAAGGUGUUUUAGUCCGGCACGGUUCUGCUCAGAGGUUUAUAUGUAAAGCCUGAGUCUGAAGGUGUUUCUCAUCUGUUACUGAGAAACAGUACCAGCACAUAAACAAGCACAGGCAGAGACGCGCACACACACGCACACACGCACACAUCAAAAGUCAAAAAUUCUAAAUCGUAUCUCCAUCGCUGACCUGUGUGCCUGUAGUAGCUUUACAAAUUUUUUUUUAACUUUCUUCCUUGUUGUUGUUCCAGGAAAAAUCCUUUCUUCAUGCUCGCCCAUAAGAUGGAAGUAUUGUUGCUGGAAAUUUAAGCACUCAGAUAGUGUCUGUUGGAAGUUUCAUGGGAACCACAGACCAGUACUGGAAAUUAGGCUUGAGCUUUGCCAACCAACCCAGGGAUAUAGAUACAUAUCUUUGAGCCUGAUGUGGUCCACACAAAAAAAAAACAUCAGUGCCGAUUUCGUAUGUAGUGUUAUAUACCUACAAAUUAAAGGCUACAACACAUUUCCUGGCAGAAAUAACAUUGAUAUCCGGAGGAACUUCGAUCUUCUUGCCCUGAGUAAUAACAUUUCUGUGUAGGAUGGAUUUUUCAGUUUUAAUAUUGCUGUGCAGUAUUAGUUAAAUUAGCGAAAUUUCCAGGCAAGUCAGUUUACAUUUAAAUUUUGUAUGACUAUUUAUAUUAUUUUAUUAUUUAAAGCAGUAUGGUAUUUCUAGUCAUGAAAAAUAAAUGCAGUAAAAGCUGUCUCUGACCCUUUUCUGGAAUCAGAACUCCAGAGAACCUGAUCAAAUCUGAGAUAGAUAAGUUGGAAGGUGUAACUGGGGACUUUUUCUGGUUUCCUGAUUUGGAAUCAAAUUGAAAGCUAGAUGGAUAUUAUUCAUGUUAUUUUUAUGUUAAUCACAUGUUUCUGUUUAAUUUACCAAAGCAUUAAAUGACUUAAGCCAAUUCAAUUGGCUGAUGUUCAAGGCUGCCAAAAUAUUUCUCCCAAACAGUACAAUCUCCAAGUAUGUGGGUUAAGCACUAACUUUUAAUUUCUGCUGGGCAGUAUUAAAUAUAGCAUUAGACAACAUAUUUUUAAUUUUCAGCCCUUUUUUAUUGAGCAAAAAGGGUUGCUUUUUGCAAUUGUGCAUAAACAAUAAUGAGAAAAGAAGUGGUCAUUUUUGGAAAUAAAUGCACUUUAAAAUCUUGUCAGAUCUGAGUGCAUUACUUAAAGGUGCAGUAUGAUUAAUUCCAAUCGCAGUAAUAUUAUUUAUUGGAUUUCCUUUUUAUACAUACAAAUUUUUUUUUUAUUAAGUGUUUCAUUGAAUUUUCAGACAGUUCAUUGCAAAAGUAGCUCAUACAAUGCUAGUGAAUUAGCAAGCAAGAGUUUUAAAGUGGCCUUUCCUCCUAAGUUUUAAAAAGAACUUUUAUCCAACUUGUUCAGUCAUCAUUUUUUUUUUUUUUUUUUUUGCAUUUAUAUGUAUUUAUUAAUGGAAUCUGUGAAAUAUUGCCCCCUUGGUAUUAAGAGCUGUGGCCUCAGAUGCAAUUCAUUGUGCUUCCAUUGAAACAAAUCUCGUCUAUAGCUGUAGAGACAUUUAAUAUUUCCCGACUGCAAAAUAAAACGUUACUAAAUAUUAAAAUGCUCAUUUUUAUUAGGCUUUUUAUUGGUGAUAAUUUCCCCUUUAAAAUGUAUGUUCGUUACCUAAUGCUGUGUACUGUAGCUUUAACAAUGACAGACCCUUCCUGUGUCAUUGUGUGACUUUAUAUAAUGCCCGAUUGCUUUUUUUGCCGGUUUGUGUGCAGAACGUGUAUGGUGACAUGCCAAAUGACUCAUAAGGGGGACAGCUGCAGAACCGAACUGAGUCUGAAUAGGUUGCAGUGCCUGGCCUUCCUCUGGUCAGACAGUCAGCUCCCUCACACAGAAGCAAUGAGACACGUUACCCAUGCAUAGCUGAACGUGGCUUGUGUGGAGAGGGGGUCUCAUUUAGACUCUCUGCCGUAGUUAUCAUAAAGACUUGAGUUACAUUUUUGUACGAGGAUCCUGUGCAAUUGUAUUUUCUAACUUCUAUCAGUUUAAACAUGAACUGGAAAAAACAUGUCCACCUCCGUUCACCUGUUUAUGACGAAGGCAUUAUAUAAAAGUGUUCAAUUUCAUAAAAAUGUUUAGUACAGCAUGUACUAAGGUGCUAGCCAAUUACUUUCAAUUAAAACAUACCUGCUUUGCUUUA